AUGGCGCACGUAGUCAGUUCGGUUUCAGCCCAAAUCUGUACCCUAAUGAUCGACCUAGACUCACGCGGUUGCGGCCAGCGCAUGGGGAGAUUUGUCCUGCCGCCGGGUGAUCCUUGCACCUGUACAGGGGUCAGACUGGGCGGUCAUUACCACCGCUACGCACCUGAGAUGCAGGGACAGGAUCCACCGUUGUAUAUGGACAUGCUGCCGGAGGUGACUGCUGAGGUCAUCGGCGGUUGGUUCAACUGCACUGAGAGCAAACUGGAGGAGUCAACGCUCCGAGCCACUGAAACCGCCCCAGAGUUGACUCCUACAGUUCAUCCCUGGUCGACACCUGUCGCAUCUACUCCUACCGCUACGAUACUUGUUGCCAGCACCAUUCCUGAGCCGUCGAUGCUGCCUGCAGAUUGUCAAGGCAUCCUGGAUGCUGGUCAGAACACUAGCGGUGUUUAUACCAUUCAGCACAAACGCCAGAAUAUGCAAGUCUACUGUCGCAUGGAGUCGGGGAAAGGAUACACAGUGUUUCAGAGACGCCUGGACGGCUCGGUGAGCUUCAACCGAACCUGGCAGGAGUACGCUGAGGGAUUCGGGAAUCUGACCGGAGAGUUCUGGCUGGGUAACCAGAAGCUGCGCAGUCUGACUCGUAACGGAGGGCGGGAGUUGGUCAUCACUCUCAGGGCGUUCAGUGGGGAAGAAGCCCAUAUUCGUUAUAAAUACUUCCACGUAUUCGCACCGGAGUACACAUACACGCUUAUUGUCGAUGGCUUUAGUGAAGAGAGUGGAGAUGCAGGUGACUCACUCGGGCGUCAAACAUUUAAACGCUUCUCAACUCGAGAUAAAGACCAUGACAACGAUCGGGAAAACUGCGCUGAGAAAUUCCACGGAGGCUGGUGGCUCGACGGCUGCGGUAGCGACAUCAGUGACUGGUUCCAGAGCAACCUGAACGGCUUGUACUACAACAACGCAACAGUCGAUGAUUACAUGGGCAUACAGUGGGUCACAUGGAAGGGUAAACAGGUCUCUCUAAAAGGGUGUGAAAUGAUGACACGAUCCAAAUGGUAA